AUGAGUUGCUUGGACAGAUACAUAGAAUCACUUUCGACGAUAGAUAAUACACGCGAUCUAGUGGCAUUGCAGGGAAGAUUGGAGAAUGAUAUCAACGACCGCAGAGUCGAGUUGGCAGAUAAAUUUAAUGGGAACCUGAGCACACACGCUCAUCAGCUCAGCCAGUCGCUUAGUAUUUCCCAAUUACACUCACAAAUAGCGUCGAAAUCAGAUGACAUUUACCUAGAAAUCCAACAAAUGAAGCCCUCUUUAGAGCGGGAGGUUGAGCAAUACAGAGCUCACAUAGAAGAUUACAAGCAGGCAAAGCUAGAGCACGAGGCUAAAACUAUACUGGAUUCCGUCCAUUCAUCUUUGUCGACGUUGAGGAGGCAUAUAGACUCGAAUGACUAUUCCACAGCUGCACAAUAUUUAAGAUCAGAUAUGAAAUCUAAUAUUGAGCAGCUUCAACGAUCUUUUGUGUCGCGAUGGGACGGUUCUUCUACUCUUCAGACGGAAUACUACGAAUUAUCUGAACUUCUCACAAACAAUUUAAACAGCGCAUGGAAUGAAUCAACCAAGUGCACAGCUUCCAGUCUGACGCUCAAAAGUCUAUACGGCACUCGUCCUUUGUCGGAAAUAGUAGACGCGCUGAAUACUCUCAAAAGCUUCUCUAAUCACUACAAGAAUCUUUAUAGCAGCGUAAAGGAAUACUUUGUUGAUACACUUCUUCCACCUUCAACAAGCAAAGCUCUUAUACCCACAAUAGUGUUCAGCGAGGACACACUCACACUUCAGCCCACCACAGAAGCUCCCAUUAAGAGCACACAAUUGAAAAAUCUGGCUAUUUUUUUAGAAUUCAUCAACAAAAGAUACCAAGAUCUUGGUAAACAGCUAACACCACUUGUGUUGGAGAGAUUGAUGGAUGUAUACCUUCUCCCAUCCCUACCAUAUCGCUUAGGUGGGCCAGACGUAACCCUAUUCCAAAGAAGAUUAGAUGAAGCAGUUGAUUUUGAAAAUCAAGUUAGUCAGGAUGGAUUGAUAAAGAAAGUGUCUCAGAAUUGGGGUAAUUAUUGGAUAGAACAAAGACAAAAUCGAGCUUUGAAGGAUGCUAGAAAGGUUAUUUUGAGACCAAAUUGGGAUAUGUUUACAGCUGAGAUUUCAGUUCUGGUUAAGGAUAGCAGUGACAAGUACAAUACGGAGGACAUAGAGAGAACAAUAAGCGAUGAUGCUUUGAGAUUAUCCUCUCAACCAAAUAUAGAUGAAAGUAAUCACCUACCAGAUAAUGAGGGUGAUGAGGAUGGCUGGGGUUUAGAUGAUGAGGAAGUAUUACCUCAACCGCGUGCUUCGAUAGAGAAGGCAGACUCUAAGACAUCGUUAGCAUCGAUUAAGGACGUCGAUGAGGAAGAUGGUGAGAAGGACGAAGACGGUUGGGGGCUAGAUGAGGAAGAAGGCAUUGAGCAGCUGCAAGAGGAAACAGCUCAAGGCGAGCAGAUUGGUAAACCUCAGUUGUCACGCACAGAGUCUGGCUCGUCCAUUACUUCACCCCAGCCUGAUAUCAUAGCCAAUGAUGACGACGAUGGAUGGGGACUCGACGACGAUGAGGAUGUGGAGAUUGCUGAUGAUAAGCAGAAGGUGACACCCGCCAAUCCAAUUUCCGAUGACGACGAUCCUUGGAAGGAUGACAUGGACAUUGAUGAGGCAGCAGCAGCAGCAUCAGUACCAACAAAAAAAGAUAAUAUUAGUGAAGAUGGCUGGACACUUGAAGAUGAGGAGCGCAAUCCCGUUAAAGAUAGCAAAUGGAGUGAGACAGCAAAACAUACCCGAAUACCACAGCAAGCGGUGGACGAGAAACAAAUUGGACAGAAGCGGCGAAUCGUAGUGUCAGAGUAUGUAAAUCAGCUGAUUGGUCUAAUGGAUGACGUCUAUAGUGAUAAGGAGUUUCUUAAGCACACAGAUGAAAUACCUUCAUCAGAUAAGGACCUGUUGAAGGAGGCUACAACUGUUAUGGAAUCUGUCAUAGAUAUAUACAGAUGUUUAUUCCCUCACGUACACCAGGAGACAAUCAAACUUGUUCCAGCAUUAGCUUUACAAUUUGCAAACGACUGCGAGUAUUUAUCGCAUCAAACGUGGCAAAGGGAGUUAAUUAGUAAUAGUAAAAAGCUGGGUAUGCUCAACAAGAAGAUUAUGAUGGAGGUGGAUGUGGAACAGAAGCGUCAAUUGGUUGAGAUGCUGACAGAGGCAGGAUCACUGAUUGAUCUGUCAAUAAAGCACGAGAAGGCGUUCGCUGGGGUAAUAUCAUCAAUCUCGAGGUUAAGAUCGACAGUCAAAGGCGUGAUUAGCGUAGAAGAUCUCAAUCAGCUCUUAGGAUCAAUAGCAGAGUUUGUGAUGAGGUUUGUUAUAGAGGCGGUAGAGGAUCUAGACGAUAUCAGCGAAGAAGAUAGUAACAAAGUGAGUAAGUUGUGUAGGGAAUUGCAGGCAGGGAUCGAGGAAGUAUUUGAGGAGAAUGGAACGCAAGGGUAUAAGCACACGGAGAGUUGGUUCAAGAUGGCGUACUUGAGUGAGAUCCUUGAAGCGAGUCUCGUAGACCUCAGUUACUUGCAUGAACAAGGCUCUUUAGUUGACUUCACGUCCGAAGAAUUAGUCAGGCUAUGCAAAGCGUUAUUUGCAGAUACAGACAAGAGGGCAAAGGUAAUAGAUAAAAUGAUAGCUGCUAGUGCACGUUGA